GGGACAUCACGUGGUUGUCUGAAUCCUUCUGUCACGAUUAAUUUCUUCAACCAACUCAGCCAACAACCAACAACACACGCUCUCUACCAUCAUCACGAUCGCUACAAACCACACUCGUUACCAUCUACACGCUCGCUACUAUGAUGAUCACUCCAUUCUGGGCGUCAGUCGCCCUGUUGCGCGUUCUGCCAGUCCUCGCUGCAACGACUCCAUCCCCAACUUCCACAUCUGCAGCUCCAACCUGCACAGCCUCCCUCAUCGCCAGUCUCUGCAACUAUCCAGAGCCAGGUCCCGACUUCGCCGUCGCUGAGGACAGCAGAGCUUCCUGCUGGGACUAUUGCAAUGCCCAUCCUCCCUGCAACUUUGUCAUCUUCGCCGAGGGCAACCCCUACACGGGCACAGGCACCUGCUGGCUUUAUCCAGGCGAGAGCUACGAUGCGAGCGCCGGCAGCUCUAACUGUGCCGACACCAACCCCUAUCUGUUUGUCUACAGCCAGCCUGUGUGCAAAGGCAAAGGAGGCAAAGGCACGCCCACCGGCUCGGACAGUUGCGCAGCGACUGCAACGCCCUCUGCCGUCGCAUCGGUCUGCGGGUAUCCAACACCAGAUGAUGACUGCUUCAGCAGUUGUAGUGCUAGUUCAGGCGCAACAGACUGUCUGAGUCAGUGCGUAAAGGCCGAUUCCUGCAGCUACGCCGUCUUUAAUCCACACAACCCAGACAAUUCACCCUACGCUUCGGGCUCUUGUUGGAUGUACCCGAAUGGCACCUACGACGCUUCAGCUGCGACUACUUGCAAGGGCGCGCCUGAGCAGUUUGUGUACAAGAACCCGUGUCCUAAGCCAUCGCAUUCUACUUCAUCUGCUUCAGCAAAAUCUACUGGAACUACAAGCACUGCAAGCGGAACUGUUGGUAGUGAGACUGGAUCUGCAGUCGUUGAUGCAGAGGCGGCUACUACUAGCGAAUCUUCGGCCUCUACUGUCCUCCUAUUCACUAACCCGCUAGCCAUAUUCAUGUCUAUAGCUGUGUUGUUAUGGUAGGGUGUUGCAUAAUAUGUGUUCUUGUUGCUGGGUGUUGACAAUUGCUCAAUCGCAUACUGUACAUAGUUAGUCUAGUAGUUCCUUGGACACAUUGUCAAAUAUUAGGGAGUUUAAUGUCACAUAAUGGGUUGUCACAUAAUGAGUUAUCACAUGC